AAUUUGAGAUGCCCCUGCGGUAGAAUUCGUCGGGCUUAAACCACCGUCAUUGUCAUGCAAGCCUUCACGGCCUUUUGCGAAAUCACACCGCCACCACCUCACACUUCUCAAAGCGAGACACCUAUCCCCACACGUGGGGCUGCAUUUCCCUGUGGAUUUCGAUGGGCGUUCCUCCCUUGCUGCGUAUACGCGAAUCCCACUUCGUUGCUCGCACGCCGCGAACGUGUGAAGUACAACCGCCAUCUUCAACAACUGACCGCAGCGCCGUGCCGCGGAGCUACCGGCAGAUAAAGCCGGGCUGCGGUCCAAGCAUCGGUCCAAGAAAGGUCCACCGCUGGAAAUGGAUAUGUUGCCUGAGUAAACAAAAUAAAUAAAUAAAAAUAAUAAAAAGGAAUAAAAAAUUCCGAUUCGCUCUCGUAUAUAUAAGAAAACAAUCAAAAUUUGCAUUAACUGUGGAAAAAUAUGAACUGCAAAUGGCAGUGCGCUUCCCUGCGGAAUAUCGGACUCUUCAACCAAGGCACAGUUAAUACCAUUAUGUGUUCUGGGAUAAGCGGCAAUCGAAUGAAACAGGAUAAUGAAAUACCAUUAUGGAAAGCGAAUCGCGCUCGUGGGAACUCGUUAGAGAGUUUUAGAUUAGGGGGACACAAGCGUUGGGGCCCGGCAGCUCUUGGGGCCACGGUACAGCGCAUGCGUAGACGCCUACAUAGGAUUUGCGCAUGCGCAUGUGGGGGAUAGGCCACGAACUGGGUGGUAAUAUGAUAAAAAAAAAAAAAAAAACUAAUCGGAGAUGUGAAAAAUACGAUAAUAAAUUAGUGUGUAAUAAAGUAGUCAGCCUUACAUAAGCAGGUAGGGUAACAAGUACUUAAUACUAAAUAUACCGUAAUGGUCGACGUAGAGAAUAUGUAAGUUAAGUUUUGAAUAAUAUCAUUGGUAAAAUUAUUAAUGUUAUUUCGAACCCAGAAGGUCAACGACGAUUCAUAAAGACGAAGCCAUCUAGCGUGACAACGCCUGAGAGUAUCUCAGAGCAUAUAUGCGAUCUGAUUUAUUCAGCGCUGCUCAGGACUGAGUUAUCUAAAGAUGUUCCAUGUUUUACGGCGAACCCUGUAGAAUGGAAAAAAAGAAAACCGCGACAAGAAAAGAGCGUAAAUAUCCAUUGGAACGCUUUUCAAUGAUAAAUAAAUACAACAGUGAGAUUUCCAGGUUUCUCUGCGAUGCUUGGAAUGUAUCCAAAGGUACUGAAAAAAAAAGAAAGAAAGGAAGAACUACAAAUUUUUCUGUUGUAUUAUUGGGCGAGACUACCGCACAAACAACUCGACAGGUCGCAAGAAACAGAUAGGAGACGGUUGCAAACCUGAACCUUUGUUUUGUGUAAUAUGCAAAUUCCAGACAAUAUCUAGGCUCAAGCUGCAAGCUCUACAAGGACGAAGACGCAGACAUGGCACACAUCUUAUGAUCCAGCAUUCAAUGCAUAGAGAUCAGAACAACCAGACUUUCUCGAGGAGCGAUGGCUAAGCGCCCUGACUAUUUCGGAUCUACACGACCGCUAUCAACCAUGGGCAAUCCAGCGUGCUCGGGCAGCGGUAGAAAGGUAGAAAGGCUAUGCCUCACCCCACAUAAUGCCCGGGUGGCCUGAGCCCGGGCUGGCAACUUCGCAGGUGACUUUCCUAAUAUUUUUCCGUCCGUCCGUUGAGUUAGCGAAUUUGAAAAGUCAAAUUUCCCCGCGCACUGAGCACACCAUUUUUUUUUUUUUCGUAGCGAUAGUAGCGCCAAAGUGAUCUCUCAAUAAUACAAACACAUCCACUGACGUGUCUAGUUCUAGAAAUAUUUCUAUUAAUGAAAUAAAAAGCAUAAUACAGUACACUCAGCAAUAUACAAUUUUAAUGUUUAACUGUUUUAAAAUUUAUUAAUAAAUUUGUAAUUUUUUUUCGGUAAGUGGCGCCACAUUUGGCUGGUACUUUUCCAAGACGAAUAUGGCCAAGACAACUGCGAUACAAGGACAUGACAUCACUGCGGCCUCUGCUUUGUUGCAAGAGGAACUGAUUAUUCCUGUGGUUGAGUCGCACGUAUUAUUCGUGAACUAUCCAUUUGUUUUGUGUAAUAUGAUUAAUGAAUCCAACCAAAAUGGGAAGGGUCUAGAGCAGCAGGUAAAUUUCAGCCAAUUUGGCCUUUUCUACCGGGCAGUUUUUUUUAUUAUUUCGGCAUAAAACAAACUGCAGGAUUCCAAGUUAGGGUUAGCUCUCGUUAGCACGGUGUUUCUGUCAAGAAGAUGGCGCAUUGGGAUAAAAGUUUACCGUUGUGGAAUCCUUCCGUGCCUCUGGAUUUUGCAUCGUGUUGGGUCCUCUGCAACAAUUUUGCUGGUCUAGACUUGAACUCCGGUUCUCAAGGAAACAAGACCGGCCCAAGUCGCUACGUGCCCCCGCACCUGCGCAACAACCGGUCUGUGUUGCCUGGUCCUCCUCAGGGGAACGCCCAGAGUUAUAACCAGAAGUCAUCGUACCCUGAGCCACAGGGAGGUGACGACUGGGGAGCAAGGGACGGCUUCAGGGGUGACCGUGGAGGUGGCCGUGGAGGUGCUGAUUUUUCAAAUUUUGGUGGCCGCAACAAGAGGAACGAUGGUCCCGUUCGCAACAAUGCUUUCCCACCACGCCAGGGUGGAGGCUCGAACUGGCGCAGCCCAGAUGAAGUGGCCCAAGAGGCGGCCCCUCGCGAAGGCUCACGCGAUGGUGGCGGCGGCGGCUGGGGUCGGGAUGACCGUGGCGGCAACUGGGACCGCCGCAAUGGGGGGCGGCGCAACGCUGACGUUGACGAGGACUGGACCAGACCGCUUCCUAGGGACGAACGGAUAGAAAGAGAGCUGUUCUCGCAAGGACACACAGGCAUAAACUUUGAGAAGUAUGAGGACAUUCCUGUGGAAGCAACCGGUGAUGAUUCACCCAAGCACAUCAGCUCGUUUGACGACUGCUCCCUGACGGAGAUCAUUCGCAUGAACAUCGAGCUGGCGCACUACACCUCGCCCACGCCCGUGCAGAAGCACGCCAUCCCCAUCAUCCUCUCCAAGCGAGACCUGAUGGCUUGCGCCCAGACAGGGUCUGGAAAAACAGCGGCUUUCCUGGUGCCCAUAUUGAACCAGGUGUUUGAGGAGGGACCUCCCAAGAAUGUGCCUGCGCCCCACCGGUACUCGAGUCGGCCCAAGCAGUACCCGCUGGCGCUGAUCCUGAGCCCGACGCGUGAGCUGGCUUGCCAGAUCUACGAGGAGGCCUGCAAGUUUGCGUAUCGCUCGCGCGUGCGGCCUUGCGUUGUGUACGGGGGUGCUGAUCCUGUGCAGCAAAUGAAGGACCUGGACCGAGGAUGCCACCUGCUGGUGGCCACGCCAGGGCGUCUGGUUGACAUGAUGGAGCGCGGCAAGGUGAGCCUGGAGCUAGUGCGGUACCUGGUUCUGGACGAGGCAGACCGUAUGCUGGACAUGGGUUUUGAGCCCCAGAUCCGGCGCAUCGUGCUCGAAGACAACAUGCCCCCUGUUGGCCAGCGGCAGACACUCAUGUUUUCUGCCACCUUCCCCAAGAAAGUGCAGGAACUCGCACGCAAGUUCCUGGACAACUACAUCUUCCUGGCCGUGGGGCGUGUGGGCAGCACGUCAGAGAACAUCACCCAGAAGGUGGUGUGGGUUGAGGAGCACGACAAGCGGUCCUUCCUGCUGGACCUGCUGAAUGCUGCGGGCCUUAGAAAUGGAGGCCACGCGACGGCAUCGGACUCGCUGACACUGAGCUUUGUGGAGACAAAGAAAGGUGCGGAUUCGCUGGAGCACUUCCUGCUCAAGGAGGGCUACCCAGUGACCAGCAUUCAUGGGGACCGGACCCAGCGGGAGCGGGAGGAGGCCCUUUGGUCCUUCCGUACAGGGCGCACCCCGAUCCUGGUGGCCACAGCUGUUGCAGCAAGAGGUUUAGACAUUCCAAAUGUGAAGCAUGUAAUCAACUUCGACUUGCCCAGUGACAUCGAGGAGUAUGUCCACCGAAUCGGCCGUACAGGCCGUGUGGGCAACCUGGGUUUGGCCACGUCUUUCUUCAAUGAGAAGAACCGCAACAUGGCCCUGGACCUUGUGGAGCUGAUAACGGAAACGAAGCAGGAACUGCCGGACUGGCUAGCCUGCCUGGCCAAGGAAGUGCAAGCAGAGCAACGUUCCUCCAACCAGCGCCGCUUUGGCUCUGGGGGACGCAGUUCCCGGUAUUCCUCAGGUGGCUUUGGCAGCCGCGACUACCGUCAGUACGGAGGCAGCACAGGUCGCGAUCGUCCCAUGGGUGGACCUCCCAUGGGAGGCGGUAUGGGCGGCCGCAGCGGUGGACCCGGCGGCUACGGCGGCGCACCCCAGUAUGGUGGAUCGAGCAGCCAGUUUGUGGGCGGCUACCGGCCCAACAGCUACGGGGGCAACUACAGCAGCGCCUCCAACGACUGGUGGGGCAACUGAGGGGCGCACUGCGAGGCCUCCCUCCACCAGCCGACACGCCUCCCCACGCCAGUUUCUCCUCCUCUUCUUCCACCCGUCUCUGCGGUCAGCGCAUCUCCCUCCCCCUCAACCACGACUGCUGCGCACGGGCUGUUCUUCUUGAGCCAGUGGUGGGCAGCACAGGAGAGAAAAAGAGAAAAAAAAAAGAGCACGCAACUUCGGGGCUGGAGCCAGCAUGUCUUUUUCGGUGCUGCAUGACAGGGGCAACAAAUGGAACAUUGGUAUGGGAGAAAGAAAGGCAUGGCCUUCCUUUUACUUGUCUCUCGAUGAUACACGUAUGUUGCAACAAGGCCUCAUUGCCCAGACAUGCUGCCAUCUCCCGCCCACCCAGUUUGUUGCCAUCUCAAUCAGUAGCUGUGAUCCCUGUGUAGUUUGUGGUCAUUGCUGCCGCCGUUUCUCUGUAGGCUUCGAGAAGCAACUACCCCUUGGUCGUGUUGAGGAAAGGAGGACCCCCGACAUAGUUUUUUUCUUCGCUGACUUUUUUUGUUCUUUAUUUUAUUUUUGCGUUGCACCACCCACUGUUGUGUAGGCAUACACGUAUAUAUAGUCUUUUUAUGUGUGCGUACUUGUGUGUAAGAUAGCUCAUCCCCUUUCUUGUUCACACCGGUGUGUGGACCCACAAGUUUGCCAAGGCAUGUCGCUCCCUUUUUACUUUCUAAAACCUCCCUAUUCUUGCUCAUUAUCACUUUUUCUUUCCUUUUUUUUUUUCUUCCUGCUGGGAUUUUCUGUCUUGAUCAAGUCUGCAUUCUUCACUUGUUUUAUUUACCCUGAAGUGUGAAGGCUUUCUUGCUUUCCCCCCUCCUUUAGCAUAGGUGCUAGCUAUUACAGCCUGGUUUUAGGGAAGAAGUUGCGGAACCUAGUUUUGCAAGUGAGGCAUCUGUCAUCCCAUGCAGUGAGCAGCAAAUUGCCAUUCCUAGGCAUUUUUGGGAUGCUGCUUUUGAAACGUUCAGCAGUGUCCUGGGGCACGAGGACAUUUCGUAUGGCAGUCUCUCCUGCCAGGGAGAGGAGUAUUACUGCAGAUUUUCUGGGCAGCAGUAGCAGCCAGCUUUUGCAGACCAAUAAUGUAAUGCAGCUGGCCACAAAAGUAGCUUGUUUCUAAUUUAAGGUAUUUUUGUUAUUUCUUCUCUUCGUGCUGUUGUACCUGGAACACACAUUUGAAAGGCGACUUUUUACACCAGGGAAAAAAAAAAAUAGAACCUGAACAUGCUCAUUGGCAUGUUACCAAUAAAGGCUUUUUUCUCAAAUAGUCUGGCCAUUUUUAGCAUAGCCUUGCGACUCUGGAUCUCAUGGUCACAGUGAUGCCCUCUGUAAGACCCAUUGGUCCUUCGCUAUUUCUUCGGAGGCCCUGUAGAAACUGGGCUCAUUAUCGCUGUUUAUUGUUACUUGCGCGUUCUUGGUACUCGCGUGCUUCUAUCCCCUAGCUUGUUUGGCUCCCUAGGCCGCGUUACACGAGUAUGCGAAUUCCAAUGUUGUGGGCUUGUCUUCCAUCUGAAAUGCAAGGUUACACUUCUGUUUAUUUAUUCUGUAUGUGUGUUCUGGGUGUGCAUGCCAACUGCACUUGUUCGUAAUGUUCCGAGCUUCUGUGUUUCAUAUUUGCAAGUCUUACACGAGACUCUCUUCUUGGAAUGCAUUGGAUUCAUUUCUUGUGCCCUGGCGUCAUACGUGCAGUGGCGCUUCUUUCCAGGUAAUCCCGACCGACCGUGCAAGACUCUCUGCUGUCAAUUUGGCCCCAGUGGGAUGCACAGAUGUUUAGGAAGUGACAAAAGUGUUGAACUUGUGUCUACACCUUUUGAGAUUCGCAUAGGCAGGCAUUGCUCCGAAGCUUCAAGUAUGUGCAAAUCACCUAGCUGCAUUAUUGGAGUUAGAAGAAACCAAGAAUCCCACAUACGUAGCUUUGUCAAUUACACACCACUAAAUCUCCCCAUGUACAAUGAUGGAGAGUCCUUGCGUCUCUAUCCUUGCCUAGUUGAUUGUGCACCUAAAUUUCUUUUUAAAUCUCUUUCCCUGCGCAUUUUUUUUUUUUUUUUUUUUUUUAUGUGCAAUGUUCGAAAAGCAAGGUGUCUCAGCUUUCAGCUGCUGCUAUGUGGUUCUACAUUUUUUAAAAUCUUCAAGCACAGGUUAUGAGGUUCCGUGUCUGCUGUAGGAGUUGGGCGAUUAACUGACUUGAGGUAGCUACGUUUGCCCUUUGAGCAAAACAUCGUGAUGUAAGCAUUGAAUAUUUAUUUCAACAAUGCAGCAAUGGAUGGCAUGCUAUCUUAAACCACUUGCCCAGUGUGGUGUGAUGGUUAACCGAGAGUGUACACUGAGUGAACAAGAGGCACCUCUUCGUGUGCCAGAAAUGCUUUAUUAAUAGCCUUGCGCUCUACGCAUUCACUUGUAAGCCACACAUAGUCAUGUCUUGUGCUACGAAAGCUGUUAUUUUUAUUGAAUGCUUAGUAAUGUUGCUGUUUGGUACAUAUGCUCUCAAACUUUUUUUUUUUUUUUUUUCUCUUGGUGCAGCGCAGUUACCUUUUUUGGGGGGGGGGGAGACACUUUUUUUUUUUUCACCUGCUUUUGCAAUAUUUGCUGGAGGCUGAGAGAGAGCUUGUUUUGCAAGAGGACUGUUCCAACAGUCGGAGAAAUUAAACUGGCUCUCCUUGUGCCUUGAAUGUUGCCAGCGCACUUGCUAAAAACAAAGAAAGCCUGGUGCCUGCAUUACGCUAGUGGACACACGUGCACGUGGUUCCAGUGUGAUAGAUGUUCCUUGCAUUCUUUUCCUUAGACUGUAUGUAGCAUUUUAUAGGUGUCUUGUUUCCAGCGCUGCUAUGUGGCUGUGCACCUUUUUUUUUUCUUUUUUUUGUGUGUGUGUGUGUGUUUGAGUGUGCUCUAACAGUGUUGUGAGCCUCUCGUAAUCGAGACUCGCACUGUGAGCGAGGCAGGUGCCACACAUAGUACAGUCAGCACACUCCAGAGGGACACACACCCACAAACUUGUGUGUCUGGGGUGCCAAGACUUGUGGUGCAAGUGUGCGGCACAUCCGUCAGGCACGCCUUGCCUGCCAGAAAGUGCAUUGUAUCCAAGGCGACCGACCGACUGUAAGUUGGGAACGGUGGAGGGACGAAGAAUGUCCCAGUUAGGUUGCAGUGAGGGUGUCGGAGCUUGGGUAUUUCAGGGGGACCUUAUUCCCAGGCCCUCCCGUGUUGAAGGGUGGAGAGAGUCGGCCAAGAUUCGCCUCAUUGAAUUUGCAGUUUUCUUGCUAGGUGUACAGUAAAGCUAGGAAUAUCUUUUUUUUUAAUUGGCAAUAUGAACAAAGAUUGUAUGUACGUCUUAGUGGUGCAGUCUUCGAGGUCGCUGCAUUCUUGGCAUUUGAAGGGAUGAUUUGUUCAAACUUCAAUGCGAGAAAUGGGUAUCCACUGUAGUUAGAACUUUUGGUGCCCUUAUUGCCAAGAGCUCUGCCGCUUGUGGUUGAGUGGCUCGGGCGGCAAACUCGUUUAACGGCGAGUAUAGCUUUAAUUUGAUGUCUUUCAACUUCUGUUGUGACUAAAUUAUGACUUAACUCCACAAGGCAUAGUGACUGAGUGAAAGUUUUUGAGAGAGAAAGAGUUUGUGGGCUGGGUUGGGAGAGGAAAAAAAAAACUCGUUCUGUCCGUCGAUGCAGCGCAAAGCAUCGGAGCAGAGACCUUCCGUGACCAAAGAAAAAAAAAAAAUUAUCCACGCGCACACUAAGGCGGCGUCUUUCUUUUUUUGUGGCCAGGACAAGCAGGUUUCUCCUUCUGCGAAGAGGAGGGGGCUAGGGACCAUGACAGUGGGGAAGUAUUCCCGGGGCUGCGCUUAUGUACACAGACACAUGUACCCCUCUCUUCCUUUGGGUUUUACUUUUUUUGUUAUUCCUUUCCCGACUAGUGCUGUCUUGUGGUGGAUGACUGGAAGUGGAUGAGGGCUGGAAAAAUGUGGGCCAGCUGUGCAACAACAGCCGCCCUCUUCCUCUGAAGCUUGUUGAGAGCCAAGCAGUCUGUUCGCUUUGCUGUCUUGGGACUAUCGACAUGUAGCUGCACCAACUUCAGUCGGUGGCGUCUCUUUGUCUGGCGGUGCUGCUGUACCCAAAGCAAUUGUUGCUCUGCAGGCAGCACAGUGGGGUAUUCGAGAACUUCUCCUGCCUCCCACGUAACCUGAGCUUCUAGAUAGGUUUCAAGGGAAGGGGGGGUGGGGGGAGGAGCAGUUGGUUUAUGGAGGAGCGCUGUUUGUUGGCGUGUUUUCAGGGGAGCCACAUGCUGCACACUUGUUUGACUUGACUCUGCAUCCAAGGUGAAUGAGUCCCUAGGGAUCACUGCUGUUAUUUGCAUCCUCAUUUAGCGAGAAAACUCCCAUUCCCAUCCUCCUCUUUGUAAUAUAUGUAUGUACGUCACUGCGCCUUCAUUCGUGCAGGUGGUCACGUGUCGCCUUCGUGCGGUUGUAUGUAUGUAUAUAUGAUAUAUAUAUAUGUAUGGCCCAAACAGCCUGCAGGUGAUUUCUCAUUGCAUUCUCUCUGGGUGGUUUCCGUAUUUAAAAUUUUUUUUUUCUCCUUUUUCUGCCAUCAAGUCUGUGAUCACACGGUGAGCAAGCUUCAUUUGCUGCUGUGUGCAGGGAGGAACAGGCGAUUGCAUUCUAGAUUGAGUGGAAUGCCACAUCAAACCCACAUUAGUGCGGUUUUCGCUUGUUGGGUCCAGUGAUGAACUGAUGCGACUCUCAGAGAGUGGUGUUCCAAGCCAUGACGAGCAGAGUGUUUUCGAUCUAGUCUUCGCCCUUUCUGUUUGGCAAGGGGCUGUGGCCUUGCUUCGUGAAUGCUGUGCCUUUUGGGUCGAGGUGUCUUCUGAAAAUUGCACCUUUUUCAAUUUCUUUAGCCCCCUUUCGUCAAAGUGAUCUUUAGCAGCUACUUUAGUAGUUGCGGGACUCACCCGUGUUUAUUAUGCGAUAUUUGAAGCCUUUUUUUUUUAUCUUCGACGCUGUGCUGACCACAAUUUGCACUUGCGGAAUUUAUUUUCCUUUGGUUGUACGAGGAACUGAAGUGGUGAGAUGCUAGUGGUUGUGUUUAAGAGGAGGCAAGAGCGCACUUCCAUCGACCAUCACUGGUGCAUUAUGGUCAUUUUUGCUCUUCAUGCCAAGAAUGUGCCUUAUCUAUUGCUUGGGAGUUCGCGUGCUUCUGGAAGGACUUUGGGACCUUGCAGUGUUUGGAUGGCAAAACUCCCCCACCUUUUGUUUUACCAUCAUUUGUGUUCCUCGCAACUCUGGGCGCACCUGUACAUACAGUCCAUCAUCGGGAGAGGGAAAAGAGGUCUCAUUGGACAGCGACUCUGUCUCAACGCCCACAUCACAUAAUUUAUACGCAAGUAGGUUCAUUCAAUCUGCGGCGGAUGUUUUCAUGGGAGUAAUAUCUUGUGCCUGCAUAUUUGCCUGCUGGUACAUCUGUGGGACGUUGUACAUAACACAAACUGGGAAUGAGUGUGCAGGACAGCCUUGUCUUGUACUGCAGUGAGCAGGAGGUGCGUACGUGAUGUGGCUCCCAAUGUUUCAUUCCUCUACACUAUGAUGCCACCAGCCAAUCGCUGGGCAUCAUUUUGAGAAACGCAUACUUGGCAAUUUGCUUGGAAUGCACAAUGGAAAGUACAAUACCGGGUGGAAUAUCUUUUCGUAAGGCAGUGUUUUUAUUCGGGGUGGCUUGUAUGGUGGGUUUUGGCAGUCAAGACACUGGGUUGGGUAGGCAAUUGUUGGCGGAAGUUCAUGUUUCUGCUUUUUUAAGUCGUUUCCAUUAUGAGGUCGCAAAAAACACUGCCAGAAUUUGUGGGUGUUAAGUACCAAUCAGUAGUUUAGGCUAAUGAGGUUGCUUCCUCUGGUGGUUUUCCGUUCCAGAUUCCUUCUUUUGCGGUCAUUUCUUUGUUCUUUACUUGCCGAACUUAAACAUGCGUCAGCCUUGGGAGAUUCCAUUGCCAAACUCCCUCUCAGUCCUGGCGUUAAGUGGGGGGGAAGACGCCGACAAACUCAAAUUUCUUUACGCCGGAGGUCUCUGCGUUUCGGCGGUGACAGCACGUGAAAAAUACUGUCCACCUUAGAACAAAUGACCGAAGCACAUAGCACUUUUUACUCGCGGCAAAACGUAAUUGAUGCGCAGUGUAGCGUUUGCCCUCUAGUGGAAGGUGCGCUAUACCCUAAAUGUUCUUCACGCAUGUGCAAAACCGGUUUUGAAGGACAAACUGCGCGCUUGUUUGUUUCCCGAAACGAGAGAACAAUUAGACAUCCCGCCAGUUAUGGCUUGACAGCAUAGUCUGGUCAAACAAAAUAAAAUGACGAAAGGCAUGCCGGGCGGGCCUGGCGAUUUCGCGACGUACACACAAGUUAAAAACAAAGGCUGACUCCAUGUACUCUAGAUUCUUUUGUAGUCUUGUCUUUUUUGCCUUUUGGAUAUAGCAAAAGCAUGUUUUUGAUUUGUAACCGUACGUGGGGAGGAUUGUUUGGCCCAGAGUUCCUGGGCGUUUUUAUUGUCGAUGCAUUAAUGUGACUUGUUCCAAAACUGAGAAAUAAAGAAAGAUUGGUAGUCACACACGCGCA